GGCAAACAAGCGCCAAGAGAUCACGGCUGAUGACCCACCAGCCACGCCACUGUCUGCCAGCAGCGCCGGCGCAUCAACCACCACCACACAAAACACGCCCAGCACACUGCGGCCCGAUAUCAGCAUGGUGCUCGCCGCAACCGCGGGAUCAGAGGACCUGCCAAACAGGCUCCACCGUAUGAAGCGCUUGAAAAAGGGUACGCUGUACAAGGCUAUCUUUGGAUGGGAGCACAAGGGCUUCAACAACGACCUGCCACUCCCAGCCAGCCGCAUCGUCAUCAUUCUUAUCGAUGAUGAGCGCCUCAAGGACAUCCUCAACCGCUUCGACAACUACUUUGGACGGGCGUUGUCUUUCUACAAUGUCAUCCGCUUGGAUAACGACCGCACAUACGCGGACCUCCUCGACAACCUCGGCAGCACUGCUAAAGUCGUUUACAGCAUGGUCCCCACCACCCAAUGGAAACUUAUCGAUCCCCCCUACCUCCCCAUGGCCAUAAUUGUCCCAUCCACUGUCCGCCUCUUCACGGUAGACCCAUACACUGACUCCUCCGUGAACGACAAAUACCCGGACGCCAAGCAACAGCGUACACUCCUUGUGUACCCAACGUCCGGCAUCAUCAGUCGCGGCUCCAUAACCUACAUGGAUGCCUACGUGGUGGCGACACGUGCAAACAGCCAGAUCAACGCCGAGCCCUUUAAAAACCUCGAACUCGGCGCUGUUGAGCUGCUCAUCUCCUCCACCAACUCCUUACCCGUGCCGCCGCUCGUCGCCAAACAGCUCACUGAAGCUGCAGCCGCCAAACAACUCCUCGCUCUUCACGGCAUCGUUGUGACCCGCAGCAACACGGCAACACCGACCAUGAAAACGUCCAUAUGGCUCAGCGGCCUUGUUAUCACGCGCCUCGACCCAACAGCCAAGUAUGUCACAGCACUCACAGCUGCCGUCAACUCCAGGAGCAGGGAGCUCCGCAGAACCGACGUCUUGAUGGCAGGCGCCUGGGACAACCGGAACCCCGCCAACGCCACCCACACCCAGAAGGUAUACCUUGCGGCUCGACUUCACCUGAUCCCGUCGGAGAACCCCACCAUCGGUGAGACCGCAACACCCGUCAUCCCGGUUUUCGUUAACCCAGCGGGAAUGGCGGACGGCUUCCCUGCAUGCAUUGUCCGGGAUGAGCACGUCCAGCUCAUCCCAGACCUCGAUAACUUUAUCACCACCCCACUCGCCGACACCACGCCGGACGACAUCACCUCCGCCUGCGAAGCCGUCAACGCAGCUUUCACGGCAGAUCUGCAUGUAAAGCUGCAGGGCACGGAUCUGGCCAUUGCGAGCCUUGAGAACGUCCGCAUGAUCGUUACCACACGCUGA